AUGAAAGCAUCCAGACUAACAGUAAAUAAGGUCAACAGUCAGCAGAAUGGUGUCCAGCUGAACUUAAAUAGCUUUUCUGUUGAAGAAGCAUCCAUAGGGACCCCAAAGGGGGCAUUCACGAAGAUAUUGCAAGCCCAGAAGAACAACACCAGCAAGGAGCUGACUAUUGAGCCAGAGAACCCAGUAUCAGAGAGAAACAGCGUGGACUUCCCAUGCCACAUGAGUGAACAGCCGGACUUCAACGAUGGAAGUGACGUUAUUAGUGCACUGAUUUAUCUAUUGCCUUAUUUCUCAGAGGAAAAUCUACAAAAUCAGUUUGAAAUUCAGCUGAAUCAGCAGCUACAGCCCCUCAUCCCCAACACUGACGUGAGAAGGCUCAUUUCUCACGUCAUCCACACUCUGAAAAUGGACUGCUCUGAGGCCCAGGUGCAACUGCCCUGUGCCAAGCUCAUCUCCAAAACAGGCAUCCUGGUGAAGCUCCUCAGUGAGCAGCAGGAAGAAAAGAUAGCCAAGGAAGAAUGGGAUACAGAGCAGUGGAGGACUGAGACCUAUAUCAAUGAGAGUACAGAAGCCCCGAGUGGACAGAAAGAGCAGGAGUCGAGUAAGCUCGCAAAAGGAGCUCAAGAUCAUGGCUAUCACAACAAGCUCAUCGUGGCAAUAUCUGUGAGAGUGGUCACGAUGCUGGUUAUCAUAUUCUGUCUCAUUGAGAUUUACUCUCAUAGAGGAAGAGUAACAGAAGACAUAGAAAAAGCUUCAACCUCUCUGCUAUGGCCUGGGAAAGCAGUAGAAGAUGGUCCAAGAUGUCUCUGCACCGAGUGUUCUGAGGACAAAGAGAUGGAUGAUACUUUUUAUGAACUAGCCUCAGAAGUACAGGGCAUUAUCUCCACCAAUAGUAUGGUCAAGAAGUCAAUGAUUCGAUCUCUUGAAGAGAGAAGGGUUAAAGAAUUUGGAAAUAUAUAG